AGCCACGCCAAGGAGCCAGCGUGAGCCAGGCGGUGGCGGCGCCUCCCCAAACUUGUGAGGAAGGAAGGAGUAGCUUCUCUCCAAGAUGGCUGCGACCAUAGACAACAGCAAUGCCGUACAGGCGACAAAGAAAAAGCACCUCGGGAUCCCCGAAGCGAUAUUUGUGGAGGAUGUGGACUCGUUCAUGAAACAGCCGGGCAACGAGACGGCAGAUUCAGUCCUGAGGAAGCUGGACGAACAGUACCAGAAAUACAAAUACAUGGAGCUCAACUUGGCGCAGAAGAAACUUCGGUUGAAAAACCAAAUCCCUCAGAUCAAACAGACACUAGAAAUGCUACGACACAUGCAGAAGAAAAAGGACACCACAGAGCCCAUGCAGACGCACUUCCUGUUGGCCGACAACGUUUACUGCAAGGCCUCGGUGCCGCCCACCGACAAAGUCUGCCUAUGGCUAGGGGCGAACGUCAUGUUAGAGUACGACAUCGACGAGGCCCAGGCACUCCUAGAGAAGAACCUGUCGACGGCGUCUCGUAACCUAGAGUCACUCGAGGAGGAUCUGGACUUCCUGCGAGACCAGUUCACCACCACCGAAGUCAACAUGGCGCGGGUCUACAACUGGGACGUGAAGCGGAGGAGCAAAGACAACCUCCUCAAAUCAGCCGACAAGUCUUAAUACGGCCGGGACAGCAUCCACAGCCCCUCCUGCUAACCAGCUUCCCCUUAGUGAGAAAACAAACAAACCCAGAAACCAAACGAACCCCGUCCCUCCUGUCACGUACGCGUUCACCCCGGAGCUGUAAGACAGAAGAAAUGUUCGAAACGUCUCCACAACGGUCGAGGUGCGCUUGAUUUAACUCACGGAGAUGUUGAGUUUUUGGGCUGAAAGGCUCAGCGGCCGAGCAGGAGUGAAAUCAAGCGCACCUCCCGGUUUUGAGUUAUAUUUUUUGAUCAUGUCUUCUGUCCAGAUAUCAAGUCCAAUCUUCCACCACUACUGUUUUCUGUUGAUUUGUUACUUUUUAAAGUAUUUUUUCAAGUAAAAACUAACAAAAAACAAAGGCAACAAGGCAGUUUUUGUAUUCUUUUUAGUGAUUUAAGUAUAUUCAUAUUAUUUUUUUGGAAGUUUCUAUAGCAUUGUCUUUCUUCUUCUCAUCUUCUUCUCACCCGCUUACUGACCUGGGAGUUUUUUUUCUUUCUUCUGUUUCCUGACUUUCAUUUGGGACUGGUUGGUGAGGUUGAUUAUUGUUUGAACACGUCCAGUUUGCCGUUAACAUUCAGCAAGGAUCGGCCUCGUAGGAUGAGGAAGAUCUCAGGCGACGAGGCGUUACCAUGAACGGAUUUGUUUUUGCUUCAUCGGUUUUCACUUUUAGAAAACGUAAAAUCACAACGGCACAGGUCGUAGGAGUUCAGCAGGAUCUGUGUUUCUGUACUUCUGCUCCCAAUCUGCUCCUCUUCUUCCUCCUCCUCCUCCUCCGUCCUUUGACCCCCCCACUCUUAUCAUCUCCUCCCUCUUUAUUCCACUUCUCCUCCUCCCCCUCCUCCUCCUCCUCUUCUCUCGUUGGCUGCUGUUCUGUCUGUAUUUAUUUGUCUCUCACUGUACCCAUUAAACAAUGAAUGAAGUAAAAGAAGAAAAAAUGGGGAAAGAGAUGAGACUUUGAC